AUGCUCACAGACCUCUACGUCGCCCAAAACAACGCCUACGUCGUGGCCUACACCGAAUUCGAGACACAGUACGCAACAGCCACUAGGACUACUUCUCCAGAGAUGCAGGAGGUCAUUGCGAGACUGCUCGGACAACAGAAGGAGGUCAUGUUAUUCCAAACCUUGCUCUGGAGUUUUCAGAUGUUUGUUGCUGGCCUGGAGAGCAGCGAGACGCAUGAUUUGGACGAGGGGCAAGCGCGUGAACAGGAGGGUUUCGGUAGUGGAGGGACGAGGGGCUUCGAGGGCAUGUGGCGCUGA